AGGAAUGUAAAGCAAGGCAUUUCCUCUCUUUGUAUGAAGAAUAAUUAUAAAUCUUCUCAUGCACGAAGAAUACAUAAAUUUGAAGGUUAGUAAGUAAGGUUAGAGGUUAAAGUAACAAGAAAAAAUGAUCUAGUCAUAACAAAGAGAAAAAUUAAGUGUAAUGAAGAAAAAUUCAAUAAAAAAUAAAGAUAAAUGUAUAAAUGGAGCAAUUACGCUUCACACAUCAACAAAUUGAAAGAUUCAACGACAGAAUAAAAAAUUGCAUCGAAGACGCAGAAUGCAGAAAGAUAUUGGAAAAGUUCCUACAAAACCCGCCAAGACCCGUCCAUUUAAACGCACUUAAACUCUGGAAAGCUGCCAAUGACAGACAUGCAUUUGAUGAAGACUUUUUCUUCGACUUAAUAGAUGAAGUCAGUGGCUUCAACGAGAACCCUCUGUUAACUAUUUCUGAGUGCGAGCAUAAGCUUCAGUAUGUUAAACAGGAGUGUUGCAGAAUAUUGGAGCCUAUUAAGUCUAUAUUUAUUGAUUAUUUAAACAAACAUCACCGAUAAGUACUUAAGAAUGUAGAGAUAAUUAUUUGCAAUAAUAUAU